GGGAGCUGUAAUUGUGACGGACCUACGUGGCAUGUAAACAUUUUGCUGAAUUACUGAGAAAAGGCCGUUUGAGAACUGACAUAAUCCAGUUAUUACAAACGUAUUGCGUCUGUACGGUGACAUUUCGCUUCGUGACUUGACGUUGGCAUCAAAAUAACCUGAAAAGGGACGGAACGUUAAGCUGAAGACGUCCAAAGCUACUGGAUUCACGUUCGUGUCCAGAUCAACACCUGUAGCCAUGUGGGGUGAGAUUGACCCCCCCGUUAGGCCGCAGCCGAGUCUGUUGUUGGAGAGUGAGAACCGGAGUGAAGCUUCAGAGGAACCCGCCGCGCCACCGUGGAGAUACGAACAGAACCGGGCCCCUUGCACGGACCCCCAGGAAGCUCCACGGGAAGAGUCGGCGGCGGAGUCCAGCUGUGUGGCCGCGAUGAUAGAGGCGGUAGCGAUGAGCGGCAGCCCGGUGAAGAGCCAGCAGGUCGGUGAGGCGGAGCUGACGGUCGGGGAGAGAAAGCAGGAGCUGCGGGAGCAGUACCGGAGCAGACCGCUGGUGUUCCUGGAGCGGUACCAUACCCAUUUGCAGCCCGAGCACCUUCCUGCAUUUGUCCAUGUCUGCGCUGACCCGAGAGCUCAGCACUACAGCGGUGUGGUCCAGUCGCGAGCGUCCGGCUGCAUCAACAGAACCAGAGUCAGAAACCAGCGUUAUGCUGCUCUCAGGGCUCUACAGAAAGAGGGUCGGUACUUCAGUGAGGAGCAGAUGCGAAUGAGAGAGCCUCUGCUGUAUGAGCAGUACAUCGGCCAGUACCUCACUGAUGAAGAGGUGCUGGAGCGCUCCCAGGAGGCCAUGUCUGAAGGAGCGCAGGAGGGACCUGGAGGAGCCACUGCAGGACUUGCCCACCUCCUCUUGAACUCCUACCAGGAGCGGCUCAUUCAGAACCGCCUGCAGGAGGAGCAGGAGAGAGAGGAUGCUGCUCAGGAGGAGGAGGAGGACGACGACGACGAAGAAGGAGAAGAGGAUGCUGAGGUCAGAGGUCAGCGGAAGGAAUGGGAGCCCACAGCAGAGGAGAAAGUUCUGCUCAGAGAGGAGUUCAUCAGUCAGAUGCAUCAGCGCUUCCUAGAUGGCAAAGACGAGGAUUUCAACUACAGUGAAGUGGACAAUAACCCCGACUAUGACAACCUGGAUUUAGUUAAUAGAGAUGCAGAGGAUAAAUAUUUUGAUGAAGAGGAGGAUGACGUGGAGGAAGAAGAGGAAAUGACAUCAUAGUAUUUGUUGUUGUUUUUAAAAUCUCUACUGUGUAAAUAGAAAUGUGCAAAAAUGUGUCAUUGGUCUAUUUUUGGUUUUGUGUGGCUGUAAACACAAUCUGUAAUAAAAUCUGUUCCUGUAUCUAAAA